AAUGUUCUACUGGAUUCGCACGAAACGAAUAUCCUACGGAUGAGCUGUGCGGCGACAGCAGCGUGUAGGCAGCUUUCAUGCUGGCAACUGUUGAAGAUGAAGGCGCUUCUCAGGGAAGUUGACCUCGAAACUGCUUUCAAGCAUUUCAAAAUAACCAUCAAUGAUUGUGCGAUAACUGAGGAGAUUGAUGAAGAAGUUGAAACAUUUGUUGCAUAUCCGCUUGCCAGUGCUGAGCUGGCGAAUAAUUACGAGCAGUGGAAAGUAUUGUUGUGGUCGGAACUGAGCCACCACGAUUGGAUGCUUGGAUUACUUUGGGCUGCAGUCACAGUCCCACUUGAGACAGUGAAUACUGAAAAAAUACUCUCAUUCUUCAGCUCUGCAGAUGAAAAAGCGGUAAGCGAAGCAAUCCACGCCAUUUGCGUUCGCAAGCGUAACGAAUGUACUGGGCGAGAUGAUCGAUUUGAUGGUCCAUCGUUAUUGAGGAUCGUGAAAGAGCCGGUUUCGUAUGUACAUUUUGAUAAGUAA